AUGAGUGCGUCUACAAACUGUGAGACAACCCACAACCCGUCGACGCCCUCCCUUACCCCUCACCCACUGUGCAGCCUAACUGACCAACCAAGCAACCCGACGCUGUCGUACACAUCGCGCCUCGAGCAGCGCAUCAAGGACCUCGAGGCCCAGCUGGCCGCCGCCAGGGUCCACGCCCCGGGCCCCUCGGAGCCGUCGCGGACCUCGUCCCCCAGCCUGGGCCCGUCCGCGGGCCAGUCGCCCAUGACGGAUCCGCAUCACGUCGAGUCGCAGGAUGAGGAGUCUGUGAGUGAGAGCUUCAAGGGGCUAAAAGUCGACGACAAGGGCGGCAUCACGUAUCACGGUGCUACGAGCUUCUUUCAGCUGCCGAGCGAUCGCCCGCUCGGUUCAAGAGAUCACACGUCGUCGUCGGAGCAGGCCAUCCAGCGGCGGGAGAGGCUCGUCGCCAAUGCUUGGCAGCAGAGGGCUCUCGAGAACAUGUCCGAGAUACCGGAACCAUUUGGAUACCUGCUCAACGUACAUUGGUGCUGGAUCCAGCCGCUUUUCAACUUCAUCUACAGGCCCGCCUUCACUCGUGAUAUGCAGACCAUGGGGCCCUACUACUCUCAUACGUUGAUGAAUGCAGUAUUAUCUCACUCCAUCCGCUGGGGCAGGAGUGAUCCCGCCACCAAGGAGAAGCUCGAAGAGUUCUACGACGGCGGUGCCCUCUUUGGCAAACACGCCCGGAGCAUGGUCUUCGAGGAGCUCAGUCAGGGCGUUUGCUCAAUCCCUACCGUUCAGACGCUGCUGCUGCUGAGCGCGCAGGAGUGCAGUGUCGGGAACAGCGCCCAGGCAUGGACAUAUAGUGGUCUUGCGUUCCGCAUCAUCGACCAUCUCGGCAUCUGCGUCGACGGCCAGAGGUAUCCGGGCUCGGUCCAAUUAGCCGACGAGGACGUCGAGAUCCGGCAUCGCCUCUUCUGGAGCUGCUACUUCUGGGACAAAAUGAUUAGUCUGUACCUCGGCCGCUCGCCUUCGCUGCAGCAGACGUCGGUGUCUCCGCCACAGAUUAUAUUUGAUGAUUCCGCCGAGAAUGAGUCCUGGACCCCCUUUGGCGUCGUCCCGGAAGGCGGCUGGAAGUACCCUCCCUCGGCUGCCCACUCCACCUCUUGCUUUACGCAAAUGUGCCGUCUCUCGGUCAUCUUCAACGAGAUCCUCGUGCACAUGUAUGACCCGGUUCGUCCCAACAGCCAGGCCGAGAUGCAAGAGUGCCUGGCCAAGCAAGAGCCCGCCCUCCGCCAGUGGUGGGAUGAGCUGCCUCCUCACCUGAAAAUGGAAUCCACGGCGCUCCCGGCUCUCGCGCCACCGUCCCAUAUCAUUACCUUGAACGCACUUUACCGCACGUUCAAGAUCCUCCUCUACCGGCCGAUGCUCUCCCAGCGCGGGCGCGUCGGCGAAAAUCUCCAACCGGUGCAACGAUACCUCGUCGAGUGCGUGACGACCGCGACCUCCAUCAUCGCCAUCUUCGACCUCUUCUGCCGCUCCUUUGGCAUCGGCCACUGCGUCCUUUCCCUCUCAUACAGCGUUUACAUUGCCGCGUCCAUCUUCCUCCUGCAGGUCCAGUCGAGCGUGGAAGAUACGCAGGCGCUCCGCCGGCUGGAGUACUGCGUCCGCAUCCUGGCGUCCGUGAAGCGCAUCAACCCAGUCAUCAGCAGCGCCCUCAACCUCAUUACCCGCGAACUCGCCAGCCUCGGCAUUGAUGUUGGCGCCCUCGGCCUCUCAAAAACAGCCGCCACGCCCCCUAUGGCGACCUACGGCAUUCCGCAGGCCAGAGAGCCUGGCGUGCCGCCGGUCUCCGUUCCGCCGGGUCCAGAGGCGACCAGCUCACCGGAGCAGCUGUACAACUUCCCGUUCGUCGAUACGCUCGGUCCGGAGGCGUUCGCGAUCGACCCGCAAGUGUUCCAGAAUAUGUCGGCGAUAGAGCCGUUGAGCGUCCGGGUUGGCGCGAUAGAAGAGUAA